CCUUUUCUUUAUAUAUACUUCACACUCGUUUGCAGACUCCAAAUGUCUGCGGAACUAAGCGUUGGUUGGCUCUCCUCACUGAAAUUUUUCAUAAAAGCCAACUCUCUUUUUCAAGUCUUUUUAAAUCUUCCAUUAUUCAUUUGCAGAGUCUUGAUUUGCAGCAAACUCUACUCUGUCUACAAAUUGGGUUUGUUUCUGAAGUGGAAGCUCCAUGGAUAUGGUCAUGGCAAUCAUUGUCGGUGUGAUGUUAGUGCUCUGUUUUUGCUCUGUUUUGCUGAAAUGGAAUGAACUGAAGCACAGGAAGAAAGGUUUGCCUCCAGGAACAAUGGGUUGGCCAGUAUUUGGUGAAACCACUGAGUUUCUUAAGCAUGGUCCAAACUUCAUGAAAAAUCAGAGAGCAAGGUAUGGCAGUUUUUUCAAAUCCCACAUAUUGGGGUGUCCUACUAUUGUGUCCAUGGAUGCAGAGCUUAACAGAUAUAUCCUAGUGAAUGAAGCAAAAGGGCUUGUUCCUGGAUAUCCUCAAUCUAUGUUAGAUAUCUUAGGCAAAUGCAAUAUUGCAGCAGUUCAUGGCUCCACUCACAAGUACAUGAGAGGAGCACUGCUUUCCCUGAUAAACCCCACAAUGAUCAGAGAACAGCUUUUACCAAAAAUUGAUGAGUUCAUGAGAGCUCACCUCAGCAACUGGAAUAACAAUGUCAUCAACAUUCAAGCCAAAACUAAGGAGAUGGCCUUUCUUUCAUCUCUGAAGCAAAUUGCUGGUAUUGAAUCUGGCUCCAUAUCUCAACCAUUCAUGGAAGAGUUCUUCAGGCUAGUUUUAGGAACCCUCUCCCUUCCUAUUGACCUUCCCGGCACAAACUAUCGCCACGGUGUUCAGGCAAGGAAGAACAUUAUCAGCAUUCUGAGUAAGCUGCUUGAGGAAAGAAGAUCUUCCCAGGAAACCUACCUAGACAUGCUUGGAUGCUUGAUGAAAGAGGAAGAUAAUCGCUAUGUGCUAAGCGAUGAAGAGAUCAUUGAUCUCAUAAUUACAAUAAUGUAUUCUGGUUAUGAAACUGUUUCAACUACAUCAAUGAUGGCAGUCAAAUACCUCCAUGACCAUCCUAAUGUUCUUAAAGAGCUGAGAAAGGAGCAUUUGGCCAUAAGAGAGAGGAAAAAGUUAGAUGAUCCAAUUAACUGUAACGAUCUCAAGUCAAUGAGGUUUACUCGUGCGGUGAUUUUCGAGACCUCGAGAUUGGCUGCAAUAGUUAAUGGGGUUCUCAGAAAAACUACUCAAGACAUGGAACUGAAUGGCUACUUGAUUCCCAAAGGGUGGAGAAUAUACGUAUAUACGAGGGAGAUCAAUUAUGAUCCAUUUCUCUAUCCUGAUCCACUAACAUUAAACCCAUGGAGAUGGCUGGAUAAGAGUCAAGAAUCACAAAGCUACUUUAUGAUAUUUGGAGGAGGUACAAGGCAGUGUCCAGGGAAAGAAUUGGGGAUAGCAGAAAUUUGCACUUUCUUACACUACUUUGUAACUAGAUACAGAUGGGAAGAAGUUGGAGGAGAUAAACUAAUGAAGUUUCCUAGAGUUGAAGCUCCAAAUGGACUGCACAUACGAGUCUCUCAUCUCACUCAAUAGGCAUUGUUUGUAUAAGUAAAAUCAGAUAUAGAAAGUGUUAGGUUUUGAUUUUUGUAUGAUAAUUUUCUAACUGAUUAGAAAAAUGAAAUGAAAUUCGAUUCU